AUGAGGACACAUAUGAACUUUAAGGCAAAUCCAAUUAGCGCUUGCUCCAAUAACUAGACUUAAGUAUCUGGAAGCUAUCAACAGAAUUAUUAAAAAAAAGUAUCCAUGUUGAAAAGGCCAUAAAAUACGAAAUAGUCUUUUUAGUAGUUCAAAGAAGGAAGAGAUAUGACUGAAUAUGUCAAGGAAAAAAUUAGAGAAAACUAUGAAAUGUUUGAAAAGGGAUAAAUUGAUUCUGAAUUGUUAAAGAGAAACAUAAAGCAUAAACUUUAUCUUCCAAUCAAUGAAAAGGAGAUUGAUUUGGCAAUUUCUUAAGAUAGAUUAGAUUUCAAAACACUUCUUAGAAAUGUAGAUAAUUAAAAAUUAUGCUCAUAAUCACCUGUUCGUUUAGGCCAACAGAGAAAUAAAAUUUAGUCAUACAACUUAGCAGACAAUACAGAUAUACAAUAAUCUAUGACAUUGAAGAAUUAUAGAUCUUUUAAUGGAGGAGAUACAAAUUAAGUUCAAAAAGUCAGCAAUAAAUAGUAAUCUCUCAUUGUGGUUAAAGAAUUUAUAGAUGGUCAAUUAGACAAACCUAAUUUCUUAAGGAAUCUUAAAAAACUUGAUGUCGACACCCAAUAAAUUUUUGAAAGUACAGAUGUAAACAACGAUAGAUAUGAACCUAAUUCAUUUUAAAAGCUAGGCUAGAAAGUUUUAAAUUAAUUUAGGACUAACGAUAACAGAACCAAAGAGAGUUAACUUCUUAGUUAAUAAUAAAUUAUUGAAAAAUGUGUAAAUGGAAACAAUAAAAACUAUUUAUAACUUUUUAAUUAGACUGAAAAUAUUCCUACUUAAAGUUAUGAGAAUUUGGAAAAUUAGUUUGUAAAAGAGGAAAUUAUGUACGAUUUCGCAAAUGGGCAGAUCAGAUUAAAGUAGAAGAAAGUUCAGGAGAGGUGUCCUAGUGCAUGCAAGUCAAAUGGUGACAUAAUUACAUGGAAAGGAUAGGAAAGAAGUAUUGAAAGGGAGAAAGCGAUUCAAGAUAGAUUGCUUAAGAUAAAGAAAUUCAAAUAACAGAAAUAGCUUUCGAGCGACCAGCUUAAAUUACACUUGACAGAAGAAAAUCAAAAUUAUUUUUAUACUCCAACAUGCACAAAUUCUUUUUACAGCGCUAACAAAAGCAGCAAGAAUAAGCAAAAGCAGAACCAAUCCGCUUAUUUGUCUUACAACAACUUUAGCAACAAGAGCUACAAUGCAGAAAAAAAGUUCUUUAGAAAUGAAAGCGAAACUACUUCAACGACAUACUAGGAAAGUUCUAACUCUAACUUUUCAAGAAACAUGAAAGAAGAAAAAAUAAAUAGAAAACUGAAUGUGAGAAAUUUAAAUUCGUCAGUAGGUGAACUAAUGAUAGACAGAAUCUGA